AUGAGCGGCCGCAAAGUCAAGCUUGUGUACAUUUCCGACUACACUUGCCCCUGGUGCUACAUUGGCUACAAGGAGCUGCAGAAUGCUAUCAAGCAGACACCCCAGCUGGGCUUCAACUAUGAAAUCGACGUUAGGCCAUUCACCCUGGCCAGCUCGGAGAAGCAGUGCUCCGGGAUCGACAAGGAGGAGGCGAUGGUGAAGAAGUUUGGCCGGGAACGCUGGGAGAACUGUAAGAACGUCGUUAUCCAAAAGGGCCAGGAGGUCGGCAUCGAGUUUGCGAUGGCGGGACCGCUCAGCCAGACGAUGCUCGCGCAUCGGUUGAUGGCAAAGGCUCAGAUUGUCGCCGGCACCGAAGGCCAGCUGAAGCUGCUGCAGGCCAUCUUCAGCGCCUACCACGAGCAGGAGAUGGAUAUCGGCUCGGAAGAUGUCUUGGCCGAACUGGCAGAAGAACAGGGCAUCCUCUCGCGGGAUGAGACACUAGCGUUCCUCCAGUCAGACGAGUUACUCGUCAAGGUCGACGACCAGAUCAAGGAGGCCCGCGCGAAGGGCGUCCAGGGUGUACCAUUCACCAUUAUCGACGGCCGCUGGGCAGUGUCAGGCGGCCAGCCUGCACCCGUAUUCGUUCAGAUCUUCAACAAGCUCGCGGCUGCAUGCGGCUGUGCAGGCCAAACGCACGACGCCCCGACUCCCAAGGCUGUCCACGAUUGCAGCAAGACGUGCAACGACGGAAUGUGCCAGGACGCUGACGGGCCUACGUGCUCGUAG